AGGAAGCUAACAGGAGGCUAACAGGAGGCUAACAGGAAGCUAAAACGAAGCUACCUGGAUACCAGCGAAGCCAAAGUCCAUAGUAACCGUGAUAAACAUUGGAUUCCACCAAUCACAGCCCCACGUUCCGCACGGGGGCGGGGCUAAAGGAGGGCUAUGUCAGCUUUGGACCAAUCGUGUUCCCGAACAACUUCCUGGUGUCCGCCCUCUCUUUGGAAACCAGCAAGAACGUGGCAGAAGACACAGAGGAGUUAAAACAUAAUUCCUGUCAGCUGAAAUAGAUCUACUCUGCGUCCUCCGUUCUUCUGUUUAGUAUUUGGAUCAUUGGGUUCUGACGGGGACCCGAAGCAAACCGACAAGCAAGAAUGACAGACAAAGCGGCCAUGCCUUCAGGUGGGGGAGGCGGAGAUGAUGCAGGAAGCAUCAUGGCGUUGCUGGAGCGCGUGGCGGGCCUUAUGGACAGCGUGCAGACCACGCAGCAGCGUAUGGAGGAGCGUCAGCUGGAGCUGGAGAACACAGUGAAGACCAUCCAGUCCGAUGUGGUCAAGCUGACCAGCGCCCACGCCAACACCAGCUCCUCCGUCGACCGGUUGCUGGAGAAGACACGUAAGGUCAGCCGCCACAUCAAGGACGUCAGGGUGCGUGUGGAGAACCAGAACAUCCGGGUUAAGAAGGUGGAGGUCACCCAGGGCGACCUCCUGGCCAAGAACAAGUUCAGGGUGGUCAUCUAUCAGGGCGACCAGGAGGUGAAGGAAGUUGCACCCGGCAACGAGUCAGCCGAACCCGGUGGUGGCGCCAGAGCUGAGGUGGAACCGGACAAGUUCGAGCUUCCUCCAGAGUCGGACGAGGAGUACAUGGUCGUGGAGGAGGCCGACUCCGCAGCUGCCGGCCGCAUGAAGAAAACGGGCCUGACUCGCAUCGAGAGCUUCAAAGCCACUUUCUCCAAGGAGAACAUGAGCAAGACCCGCGAUAACCUGGGCACCAAGGUCAACAAGUUCGGUGAGCGCAUCGUGACGGCUGAGAGGCGUGAGAAGAUCCGUCAGUCCGGAGAGAGGCUGAAGCAGUCGGGCGAGAGGCUGAAGGACACCAUCAGCAAGAGCGUCCCGGCCAAGCUCAACCUGAAGAAGGAGAGGACUGUGGCGGAGGGCCAGGAAGGAGCCGAGGGCGCCACGGACGGAGCCGUGCCCAUCCCUCCACCCAAGGGCCGCAAGGGCAGUGCGGAGCCGGCCAAGAUGGCUGCCGACGAGGGCAAGGCGGAGGAGUCGGAGGUGCCGAUGUACGACAUGAAGCAGUUAUCGUAA